AUGUCCGGCUGGGAUGCGUACGUGAACAACUUGUUGGAGAGCUCGGAUGGCAUCAAGAAAGCCGCGAUUGUCGGCCUCGAGGAUGGCUCAGUGUGGGCCAGAAGCAGCGAUUUCAAAGUGAGUGGCGCAGUUUUGAAAGUUGUUGCAAGUUUAGAGCACUUUUUUAUAUUACACUUGAGAUCAGACCCAAGAAUUUUGUUUUAUAAAAAAAUCGGGUCCUGCCACGAAAAUUAUGAAAAAUUUUGAGAGUAAAAUACGACCACACCAUUUAAGACUUUUCUAAAAAAAAGAAACACCGUUUUCAGUUAAUUUUUUGGAGUUCAGAGCACUUUUCUAUAUUACACUUGAGACUUGAUCCAAAAAUUUGAUUUUAUCAAAAAGUAUGGGUCCCAACAAGAAAUUUUUUGAAGCUUUACUUGUAAAAUACGAAGAGGAACAUCAUGUGUCCUACUUGUUUGAAAUAAUGUCGCUAAAACAAUUUUUUAAAACCGAAUCAGCAUGAAACAUUCACCGUGACAUUAGGUGUUCCACGGAUAAUAUAAGUGCUUAAAAACUUAGUUAAUAAGCUUCCUGUGGAACAGAAGUUUAGCUGCUCUACUCUAGAUCUCUUAUGGCACUUUUCUUUCUAAGUUUAUGUUGAUACGGUCAUCUUUGACUGUUCUGUGAUCCAAAAUAUUCAUGAUGACAUUAGAUGUCUCAUGAGUAAUAUAAGUGGUCGUAAUAAGUAGAUGUUAAAUUUUUUGGGCUAGAAAGGCAGAGUAUUCAAACUAGAUUCCCUAAUGCACCUUGAUAGGAAAUUAGAAGGCAAUAUACAGCGUGCCCAACCUUCUAUGGCUUAAGAUAUUCACCAUACCAUUAUAGGUCUCAUGGAUAAUAUAAAGGCUUGCAAAACGUAGAUAAUCAAUUGUGUGGAAGUAAUAAUUUUGUUUGGAAAAACUAGAUGCCCUAAGGCAUGUAUAGGACCAAUUUUAUUCUCAUUGAGGCACUUUCCGAAUAAUUAUGGCCUAAAACAUUACCCAUGCCAUAAGAGGUCUCAUGGAUAAUAUAAAGGCUUGCAAAUCGUAGAUAAUCAAUUGUGUGGAAGUAAUAAUUGUACUUGGAAAAACUAGAUGCCCUAAGGCAUGUCUAGGACCAAUUUUAUUGUCAUACAGACAUCUUCCGCAUUAAUAUGGCCUAAAAUAUUAACCAUGCCAUUAGAGGUCUCAUGGAUAAUAUAAAGGCUUGCAAACCAUAGAUAAUCAAUUGUCUGGAAGUAAUAAUUUUGCGUGGAAAGACUAGAUACCCUAAGGUAUAUUUAGGCCCAAUUUCAUUGCAUUCGAGGCACUUCCCGACCUAAUAUGACCUAAAAUAUUAACCAUGCCAUUAGAGGUCUCAUGGAUAAUAUAAAUAUCUCCGAAUCCCCGCUAACCACCUUAAAACCGACAUUUCCAGGCCACAGAUGCCGAGCUCAAGUCGCUAGUUGGUAGCUUCAAGAACAUCGACGCCGUUCCGCAGACCGGCUCCGACCUGGAAGGCCUUCAUUACGUGGUACCCCGAGUGGAAGAGAACCUGAUUUUCGGGAAGAAGGGAAGCCAAGGCUUCUGCGCCGUCAAGUCCAACACUGCCGUCAUUUUGGCCGUGUUCGAGGGCGAGACCGGCGCCGGAUCCGCCACUCGUGUCGCCGUCGAGAAGCUGGCUUCGUAUCUACAGGACACUGGUUAUUAA